AUCCGACUAUUCUAACGAAGCCACGUGUAAGAAAACACUGGAAACUUAAAUAGUUUAUAAAUUGAAAAUAAAUAAAUUCAAUUUCAAUUUCGAAUCGAUAGUAAUUAUUUUAUGAGCGACAGUAAUUUGAAUCCGCUAUAAUUCUCCGUAGGUUUUCCAACCAUACAAAUAAAUAUUUAAAAUUUUGAAGUGAGCGUUUUUAAGUGAACAACGCAAUGUCGGUUAGUUUAACGACACGGUGAUAUUGUUAUGGUGCAUCUGUGCUCAGUGGAGUGUAAUGGUGGUGACUAUGGGUAUCAUAAUAGGAACGUGUGUGCCUGACGCUGAACAGGACGCGGUGGCUUACGGCGCGCAGACGAGGAGACCACCCAGAAGGAUAUUGUAUGGUAUAAAAUGUCCGGUGUGCAGCAAGUUCGUUUUACCGGACGACAUCGAGUGCCAUCUCGUAAUGUGCCUGACGAGGCCACGUCUAUCUUAUAAUGAGGAUGUUCUGAGCGACUCGAAAGGCGAAUGUGUAAUAUGCCUCGAGGAGCUGUCCGCGGGCGACACUAUCGCCCGCCUGCCGUGCCUCUGCAUCUAUCAUAAAGGGUGCAUAGAUCAAUGGUUCGAAGUGAACAGGUCGUGUCCGGAGCACCCCGGCGACUAGUGCGCCGUCUAGUGCGCUCAAACAGACUGUGACGCCAGAGGGCAUUGUAAAUAUUAAUAAAAAAAACAAAAGAAAACUUAUGCUAGUGAGACGUUUACCAUUUAAUGAAUUUAAACAAUAACAAAAUAAUAUUAAUAAUAAUGAUAAUAAUAAAAAUUAUUAACAAAGACAAUUAUAGGAAACAAAAAUUAAUAUUAAAAAAAAUGAAAAAAAAAAAGUUGGGAAAUUCUCGGUGGAUUAUUUAUAAUUUAGUAAUAUUGUCGUUUUAGUUGAGUAACUCGUGCACUCCGUGCCGUGCGUGUGGUAGUGACGUCACCGGGUCGCGCGAAACGACCCGCUUCGGUUUACAUAUCUCUGCCUGUAAGCUUAUCGUUUAUAUAUUGUAUGAUUUCAUCUUUUUCAUCUUCAUAAAUAAAACUUUAUUUGUUUCUAAAUUUUA